AUGCGCUCCAUGGUGUCACACAUCAUUCAGAUUUCAGUUCCUCGCCGCCGCAGUAAACAACAUGCGGGACUAAGCGCCCGGGCGACUUCCGAAGAUGUGGGCCCCUUUCAAAGCGAAUGA